AUGUCAAAGUUUCCUGCUCGUGGAAUUCCGCUUCGCACCAUCGGCGGACUUCGCUAUGGGGUAGCUGCAACAAGCACAGCUAAUCUUAUUGUUUCUCCUCAAAGGUUCGCCCUUAUAAUCUGCUUUUGUUUUUAUGUGAUACGUUUUUACUGUAAAAACUUCUCAGGCUAUUGA